GGGUACACCUACACCGGCUCAGGCACCAACAGCCAGGGUAAUCACUACUGCUCUCGCGACUACGGUGACUCUGGUUCUGGUUACCACUACUCCAACACCGAUGGGAGCUACUACUACAGCAACCCAAACGGGUCCACGUACUAUGACAGCGGUUCUGGCUACUCUCAGUACACGUCUCCCAGUGGAGACACGACCAAAUCA